GGUCGCAUCUCAGCCGCCUUCAGUGUGCAGGAGCUUUGACACGCGGUGCGCUUGCUGCCAGUGGAGACUGUUGUGCCAUCGCCCGUACUUUUGAGGAUCUUUUCUGCUUGUGCUACUCGUGCAUGCUUGACAGCUACUGCUUCGAUUGGGGCCCCUGGAUCAACAAAGCAAGCCGGUGUCAACACAACGAGAUCAAAGUCAGUCUUCAUUGUGCAUGCUCGAGAGCACUCCUCGGAGGCCUUUCGUAAAGCACCCAUACAGGACGUCUGGAUUCGAGAACGACAGAACGGCUACACACGCGCCAGGUUUAACCGGAUUCCACAGUCAAGUGAUUUGAUGCAUCUGCGUGGUUACAGUCUGCUGAACAGAAAAAGCCAGCCGUGCAACGGUGGACACAAAGCCUCUCCAACCUGGAACAAACACCUGCUCCGUCCGUAGUUGCAGCAUUUGCCACCAGACCGAGCCUCAUCGGGGUCCCGUGGGCAUCAUUUCGGCUAACAUCACAGCGCGCAGAUAAAACACCACAACGUUCCAGCUCCGCCAUCCACAAGCAUGUUCCCUAGGACACCCUGUUAGGGCCGGAACAAGAUGAACCUCACCCUGGCCGAGUUCAACUUGACGUUGUACUCCAGUGCUUUCAACUUCAGCUUGGAUAAAGCGCGCGACAUCCUCGAACUUCACUAUCGACGCGACCGCGUGUUCGAUCCCUCGACUGAAGGCGGUAUUAUUACCGCUUACGUUUUCCUCAUCGCCUCGGGCGUAUUCUGCAACCUGCUGGUCUCCGGUGUCAUCUUGUCCCACGCCAAGAUCCGCACUAACCGGAACCUGUUCGUCGUCAACCUGAGCAUCUCAGACACAGCACUAUGCCUGAUGUGCAUGCCCUUCACCGUCUACUCGCUGACCCGAAAAACGUGGCCCAUGGGACAACUUCUCUGCAAGCUCGUGCCCUGCUUCCAAGGCGCCACGAUCUUUGUAUCCGCAGCCACAGUGACGGCCAUCGCGGUGGACCGUUACCAGUCCGUCGUGUCGUGCAACCUGCAACGGCCGCCGAACGGCCGGCGGCGCGUCUCCUGGUACACGGGAGCCAUCUGGGUUUUCAGUUUGGCUCUGUCGCUGCCCAUAUGUCUGUCGCAGAAUUUGCAGAAAGUAGGGCUGUCUGUAAACUACAUGCACGAGAAAUGCGUGGAACAGUGGCCCUCGCCUGGAGCGAAACAAUUGUAUACGCUCUCCAUCCUUAUCAUCCAAUUUGUUAUCCCGACCACGUCCCUUGUCGUCACGCAUUUCCGCAUCAAGUCCCACCUCAGCUGCGCGGCAUCUCCUGGUGCCAACGUGGACAAGCGGGGUUACUCGGAGCGUCUUCAAAGAGAGCUCCGCAGAAACCGACGUGCCACCAUGGUGCUGCUCAACGUGUCCGUGGUGUUCGCCGUCAGCUGGCUACCCUGGAACGUCAUGAACCUACUCACCGAUUUCCACCUCCAGGGCAUCGCACCACAGCGGCUUUAUCUCAUCUUCGCCGUCUGCCACAUGGUGGCGAUGAGUAGCACCACUACAAACCCCAUCAUGUAUGGUUGGCUAAACACAAAUAUUCGUCGAGAGCUUAUGGGCGUCCGGACCAAAGUGGGCACGAUGCUCGGCUUUCAUCGGACAUCUAACAGCGACAACAAUUUUCAGACAUCGGUGGACGAUAACGGUAGGACGGCUGUCACUACAGAGAAAAGUCGCUUAUGACCUUCAGUAACACAGCUAUGAAACGACGCCUGCGUCAGGUCUCAAACCAUCUGGCACAGAAACAACUCCGCCCACAGAGAAGGCGUCAAAGUCUGUACUCGGUGAUGGUUGGUAACUCCCCUCCGUCACCCGCGCGCUCCAUCGUACGUGAAAACCAGCACAUAUAUUUGUGUACAGUUUCCUUUUGGCUUCACAGGCACACCGAGGUGAACAGUUACGCAGUGCUCCAGCACCCCACGACUACUAUACACAGGAAAUUUAUCCACUUGGACCAAUCAAGGACAGAUGGGGACGCAGAACUCUUUUUAACGACCUGGACUCAUAUUCCAACCAUUUCACUGUGUUGUUUCAAGAUGUCGCAGUGCAGUGGUAACAGAGUGUAUAGCGUUCGUUAAUGUCCGCAACCGCUUUUGAGUGAAAGUCUCCGUCGGCGCACAUGAGGUUACGCUAUACGGAUGAAAGCGAAACGAAUCAUGCGAAGGCGGUAGUCUAAAAUCCCUAAUGUGCGCUUCCAGCUUCAAGAUUCACUUGCACCUAUCUGUUUGCGCCACAUAUUUAUGUAGUAUUUCCGUCGAUAUAACUGUUGGUGAGCUAUGAUUGAGAUUCAUGAGCUGGUUAUACAAAAGCGUAUGUCUGCA